UUUAAACAAACGAGAUAGUCACCUACCAAAACUGAAUUUAUCAUGGAAAAUAAUAUUAAAUUUUUUUUUGGCUAUGAAUAGUUGACCGGUUAUAUUUCACAACAUUCUUAUGUAUAUAUAUUCUGAGUGUGAGAGAGAGAACAGUGAGGCACAGAGCAGAGGCAUCUCAAUUCUGAAGACGCAGAGAGAAGUAGGCCAUCGCAGUCACAAAAUGUAUGCCACUUUGGCCUCUCUCAAAAAUGGUGAUUUUGGUAUUCAAUUUUCAUCCCAUUCCAAACCAAAAUUGCUGUUUGGUUUUUCUUACCAAUCGUAGGAAACUUAACUUGUAAUUGACCUCUGUUUUGCUUUUUGUUGAUUUUUUUCCCUAAGAAUUGAGUGUCUUCGUUGUGUGAAUGGCGUCUUCUUUGGAGGGUUUGGAACCCAUAACUGUUUCCCCUCAAAAAGUCGACCCUGGUUGGAAACAUUGUCAACUUUUCAUUAAAGAUGGAGAUAACAGUGUUGAGUUAAAGAAGUGUCUAUAUUGUGGUAAGAUGUUUCAGGGUGGUGGGAUUCAUAGGUUUAAAGAGCACCUUGCUGGUCGAAAGGGUAACGGUCCAAUUUGUGAACAAGUGCCUGAAGAUGUUAGGGUUGCAAUGCAGGAGUGUUUGGAACAAGUUACAGCCAAGAAGAAGAAGAAAAAGAAUCAAAUUGAUGUUAGUUCGGGUGGUGUUCACUGUGAAGUGGAUGGCCAAUUGGUUAAUCAAACGCAGUGCAAAUCGAUUGGAGUGCCCGUUGUUUUGAAUUCGCAUGAUGUUGGGUUUAAUAGUGUGAGUGUAGAUGUUGAUAGAAGAAUUAGGGGAACCAUGAAGAAUUCUUUUGCAGUUGAUACUGAUGGUAAUGGUUUUGAAUUGAGUGAUAACUUAGUUUCUAUUCGUAGUGACGUUGGCUAUGCUACUGUCCAUAACGGUCAAUUGAGAUCAAUUGGGGUGCUUAAUUCAAAAGGUUUGCUCAGUCAAGAAGAAGAUCAUGGAAUGGGUAACGUGAAUAUGCAGAGAAGAAAGAGGUUGAGAGAUGUAAAUUCCUCCAUGGAAAAUCCUUGUGCUGGAUCUGCUAGUACUGAAACAAAUGACAAUCCGUCUGCUAUCAGUGGAGAAAAUGAAGAUUUGCUUGCUGAACACACCCAAUGCAGACUAGUUUCUUUUUCCCAUUCGAAUCAUUUAUUUAAUCAGGAAGAAGCUGGAAUUGGUAAUGGUAGUGUCGGUAAGAAGAGACUAAUCGAUAAUAAUUCUUAUGCUGGUGAAGAUGGUAUUGUUAGUAGUGUUCCUGAAUUAGAAAGGGUUAAUAAUCAACAAAUUCAAGUAGCAAUUGGGCGGUUUUUAUAUGAAAUUGCAGUGCCUCUGGAUGCUGUGAGGGACUCAGUUCAUUUCCAACCGAUGAUUGAUGCAAUUGCAUCUGGGGGAUCAAAGAUUGUAGCACCCUCAUGCCAUGAUCUUCGGGGUUGGAUAUUGAAGGAUGUGGCCGCAGAAGUAAAGAAUGAUGUUGAUUGGUGCACAAAAAGAUGGGCAAAUACUGGUUGUUCUCUUCUAGCUGGGGAAUGUAACUCUGGAAAGGGUAGAACCUUAUUAAAUUUUUCUGUGUAUUGUCCUGACCAAACAAUUUUCUUAAAAUCUGUGGAUAUCUCGAGCAUUUUAAAUACUACAGAUGCUUUGCAUGAUCUGCUUAAGCAAGUAGUGGAACAAGUUGGAGUUCAACAUGUUUUGCAAGUGAUUACAAAUAGUGAUGAACGGUAUGUUGUUGCUGGGAGGAGAUUGAUGGAGACUUUACCAACCAUUUACUGGUCUCCGUGUGCAGCUCACUGCAUAGGAUUAAUGCUUGAGGAUUUCGGGAAAAUUGAGUGGAUAAAGUCUGCAAUUGAACAAGCAAAAUCUGUUACAAGAUUUAUAUACAAUCAUACAAUCAUUUUGAAUAUAAUGAGAAGGUAUACUUUUGGCAUUGACAUUGUGAAGCCUGGAGAAUCUCUCUUUGCGACAAACUUCAUGACAUUGAAACAAAUGGCUGAUCUUAAACUUAAUUUGCAGUCUAUGGUUACUUCACAGGAGUGGAUUGGCUCUUCCUUUUCAAACUCAGCAGAAGGAUUGCUGUUGGCAGACACAUUAACUAAUCGGUCAUUUUGGUCUUGCUGUAUCUUGAUCACCCGUUUAGUAGAUCCACUAUUGAGAGCUUUGAACAUCGUUAGUUGCCAGAAGAGGGCGGCAGUGGGAUAUAUUUUUGCAGGAAUAUAUCGUGCAAAAGAAAUAAUUAAGCGAGAACUUCCCAAGAGAGAAGAUUACGUGGUCUAUUGGAAAAUUAUUGAUCACAGGUGGGAAAGGUUGUGGCAUCUUCCUCUUCACAAAGCAGGUUUCUACCUUAACCCCAAGUUCUUUUAUAGUGUAGAAGAAAUGCAUAGCAAUAUCAUGUCUGGAGUGUUUGAUUGCAUAGAAAGAUUGGUUUCUAGUACUGAAGUUCAAGAUAGAAUUGUUAAAGAGAUAACGUUGUACAAAGACGCUGUAGGAGAUUUGGGAAGGAAAAUGGCAAUUAGAGCUAGAGACACUCUCCUUCCUGCUGAAUGGUGGUCUACAUAUGGAAGUGGUUGCCCAGUGUUGGCCCAUUUUGCAGUCCGUAUUCUCAGUCAAACUUGCAGUUUAGUUCAUCAAAAAUCAAUUCAAAUUUCAUUUGAACAAUUAAAUGAGGCAAGGAACUGCAUAGAGCAUCAAAGGCUUAACGAUCUAGCUUUUGUUCAGUACAACAUGCAAUUGAAACAAAUGUCUCAUAAAACCAAAGUGCAAGUUGGAGAUCCUUUAUCAUUUGACUGCAAAAGUGUUGUGGAAGAUUGGAUCAUGGAGAAGAAAAUAAACUUACAAGACAACGGGUGUGCAGAUUGGAUGUCACUUGAUCCACCCUCCACUAAUUUGAUGCUUUUAGAACUCUGUAGUCCCGAAGUUGAAGACUUGUGUGCAGGAUUUGAUGAUCAUGAGAUUCUUAACGGAUUGAAGGAGGUCAAGGAGGAAGUAUUGAAUGAAGUGCGGUAAAAUAAAACUGAUGUCGAACCUUGUGAGCUUUUUAUUCAGGAGGUACAUACAGAUGAAGGUAUUGUACAAAUACUAUUUAUAUUCAUGUCUAUGUUUUGCUGGUAAAAAAUUGUAUAUAUGUUUUGUUUGAUGCCAAACAUAAAGCACAAUUCUUGUGAUAUUCCUUCUAAAGAGCCUGUCAAACAGUUUCUUUUGUAAGUGACUCAUGUUUUUUCAAUAAUAUUCUUAACUUAAAAUUA